GAGGGAAGAGGGUUGCAUCAGUCCAGGCUCAACGUGCAUGUAAAUUGUAAACAGAUUUUCCCUGGAAAUGGAUUCGGCAUCGGGUAAACCCUACAUCCCGUGUUAUGAAAUCAAAAAUGAGUUCGCUUCCAAGUUGGGACCGACUUUUACACCAGCUGGAGCCACUGGAGUCGCGAUACAUUCAGAAGCUAGAAAUCAAGGAGAUACAAAUCAAUUCCGGCAUAUAAAAGAUAAAAUUCAUUUUGUCCAAGAGAACUCAAUUUUGCACGAUCCAGAACUGAGGAAGUUGAUUAACGAGUCCAACUCAACUUUCAUCUCAUCAAGGACCAUAUCUGUAGAAGAAGACUACAGGAAAACAUUGAUCGAACUGAGCAGAGAACACAGGUCAACAAUAAGGCAGUGUAUUGAAAAUAUGCAAUGUUCAAUGAAAGAGAAUUCAAACGAAAUGUACAAUGACUGGGUAGAAGUGCUUGACAAUAUCGAUCACAUCUGGCAUCUUUGUGAGCUGUUGUAUAUUGAGUGCAUUCCAGGAGAUGUAAUUCUUCCAAAACUGCUCGAAUGGAUUAGGCUUCAUUCUUCUUCUGACUAUGACUACAUCGCCGCCGAGGUGCUUUCAGAGUCGCACACGAAAGGUGCAAACCACCGGUACCCAAACUAUUGGGAUUUAAUCUACGGAUUCUUGCUCGAGGGCAGGAUCGAUGCAGCGAGAGCGCUUUUGAAACUUCACUCAGACUCGGAUAAAAGCGCUUAUCUAGAAGCUGAUUUAAUCCUUCAAGGAAUGCCAAAAUUCAAUAUAUAUUGUGGUUUAUCAGUGCCCGAGUUUACUUCCCGAUGGAGAGGAUGGAAAUCUUCUUUACAGGCCAAAAUUUUAGCCGGUACCUUUCUUGCUCAUAACCACCUUCAUCAAAUGAUGUUGAUAAUUGUUGGCGGUGAAUCAUCAUUGUCAACUUUAAAACCAUAUUGUUCGACGUGGUAUCAGCUUCUGGUCGCUUAUUUGUUGUACAACGAGCAAACAGUCAAGAUUGAUGAUUUGAGCUAUCAUGCAAAUAAGUGUUUCUCUCAAUACAAGCAGUCGGGUAGUCUUAAAAUUUUAGAUCAAACUUUAUUGGCACUUUUUGAACAAAAUAUUCCUUUGGCCAUUAAAAAAUUACAAUUAACUCCUGAUGGUGGUUGGUGUGCGUUACAUUUAACCAAUCUUCUCGAUCUUGCAGGAGUGUUUGAGGAUGAAGAAAAUGAUGAAAAAAUAAACUUGGAGAAAAUGUUUCUUUCCUAUGGACAGCUUUUAAUGAGCCACCAAUCUUAUUGGCAAGUUGCAAUGACUUAUUUUGAACAGUGUCAUUCUGGUGUAAGUGUUAUAGAAACUAUCCUUAAAUCUAUGCCAUUGAGGUCAAAAAAUAAAGCAUUAAGAAUGAUUUCUGUUGCCCAAGAUUAUGGUCUUGAGGAAGUCGCCAACGGUAUUUGUAAACAAUUAAUGGUCGAGGAAAUUGAAAAGGAUAACCUUGCUGGGGCUUUGACGUGGGCCAUAAUGAGUGAAAACUCUGAAGCUGCUUCAAAUAUCGCCGACAAAUACCUUGAAAAAUAUGCCCUGGGGCAAACCGAAGUCGAACUCAUGUGCUGUCCAGUUUUAGCGAAUAUGGCCCACAGUGUUUUACUCCUCAGCGGCAGGCUUACGUUAUUGAUCAAAUAUUGUGAAUUUGUCGGGCUGUACGAGGAAAUGAAAUGGAAAGAAGCAGUCGAACUUUUAAUUCGUUUGUUGGAAUCUAAAGUCGCCCCGAAAUACUUUUGGCUGACGCUUCUAAUAGACAGCCUUCCACUUUUGACAGAGCACCCUGAACUGUUUUCACACGAUGAUGUCACCAUCUUACUUGCCAGCUUAGAAGAGGUGACUACUGAUGUUGAAAACAGCAUCCCUCAAAGAGAAGGUAUCGACGAACAGAUUAAGUACAUUAGGUAUCAAAUUGCCAAAUGUUUCUCUUACACGCUUCUCAAGGAAUGCUGUGACAAGACACAGGAGUGUAUCAUAAAAUGUGAUUAAUACAAUGUGUUAUGUUUUUCUUGUA